ACACGGAUCCUGCUUUUCCUCGCCGUCCUUCUUCCCCCCCUUCGGGCAGCAUGAGCGCCGAGUGCAGCAGCUACCGCGACGCCGACGGCGUGCUGGUGGACGCCUUCUUCUGCCCCAAAGCCGGAAGUGACGGCGGCGCCGGGUUCUGCUGCGGGUUUAAUGACCUGAAGUACUGCUGCGACGACCCGGACAGCUUCUACCCCGACAACUACGCGUACAUGUGGUGGCUGAGUAUCUGGGCUCUGGUCGGCCUGUCUUUCGCAGCCGUGGUCCUCCUCGCCUUCCUGGUCACGGUGUGCGUUCUUUGCUACCUCGUCAUUGUACCCAAACCCGGUCGUCUUGACAACAACAUCCGCUUGCGACCACCAGAAGGCGAGGGAGCCGGCGUGUCGAGGGCGGCGUGCGUCUCCGGUCCACAGGGUUUCAGACAACACUUCAUGAGCCGGAGGCUUCAUUCCGAGAACCAGUCCGCGGAACCCGAGCGCCUGUUCACGAGAUGCUUCACAGGGACCGCGACAAGUGUCAGAGUGGAGAGCCCUUCAUAACCACCCAAGUGCCCGUAAAUCCAACAAAAGACUGACAGGUUGAGGAGAAAACAUCAUAUAUAAAUAUAUAUUUUUCAUGUAAGUGAUUGUAUAUUACAAACCCCCUUUCCAUUUGAGUUGGGUAAUUGUGUUAGAUGUAAAUAUAAACAGAAUACAAUGAUCAUUUUCAACCCAUAUUCAGUUGAAUAUGCUACGAAGACAACAUAUUUGAUGUUCAAACCGAUUAAAAAUUAGACACAUUUUUUUUCUCUAAAUUUGCCUGGCGACUACAGGCUUAAAUAGGUGCAGUGAUUAACAGGUCUGUGAGUCCAAAUGAACCAGGUGCGUGACGUGACAGGUGAAAACUAAUUGGUUGUCAUGGUGACAACAACAAACAAGAGUGCACGACGACAGGAACUAAUGGAGUCAGAAACAAAAACAGAACAUAACUAAACAGAACAUGAUCACAAAGACAUGAUAUCUGUUUUUUUUUUAGCUUUCAAUCAGACAUUAUAGGGACUUUUUGUAUUAGUGUUCCUCAAAAUUAGAUAUAUCGGCCCCAAGACAAAUUUUUUUCUCUAAAUUUGGCCCCCCCGAGUCAAAAUAAUUGCUCAGACCUGCCUCAAGAUAUGCAACGAAAUCGUGAGGAUUUUCCAACUCUGUAUAAAAUUGUUGAUACUAUGCAGUCUUUUCGACAACACCCGGAUCAUAAAAAGACAAAAAAACUACAUCUGAAACAACCAACAGUUUUAAAAAUAACCAAAAGUCUUGAACUACACAAAGUACUUCACCGGUUAGAACUUUUUGUGUACGUAUUUCGCUGUUUGUUGCAUUUUUGUUACGUUUCGCUUGAUUGUAAAAUAUGUCGAUCGAGAUAGGGUUUUACGCUCAUAUGUUGUCAAUAUUCAGUGUUUUAUCGUUGGUAGAUAAUAUUCAUUUUCAUGUACAUUCUGGGUGUCUCAUUCAGUCCGAAAAUUAAAAAAAUGAAAUUUUGUUGUCAAGGCGCGGACUGUGGUGUGGUUUGUUUUCCCGAGGUGCAAAGCGACUGGAUCGGACCCGACGUGAAGCUAACGACAUAUUUUCAUCUUAACUCAAAAAAGGAACAAACGAAAGGCGCUCAAAAACUUGGCUACGAAACAAAAAUAUUACUACAACAUAAACUAUGGACAUUAAACAAAACUGAUAAACAAUGGCAUGAAUUACAAAACGUACUAGGAAUGAGAAAAGAGCAUGGAUCAUCAGCAUGGAGCAAGGGGGUGUCGAGGAUGACGUCGCCAGGCUGACUGCCUGGCAACUACAGGCUUAAAUAGGUGCAGUGAUUAACAGGUGCGGCGUGAGUCCAAAUGAACCAGGUGCGUGACGUGACAGGUGAAAACUAAUUGGUUGUCAUGGUGACAAAAACAAACAAGAAGUGCACAAUGACCGGAACUAAUGGAGUCAAAAAUAAAAACAGAACAUAACUAAACAGAACAUGAUCACAAAGACAUGAUAUCUGUUUUUUUUUUAGCUUUCAAUCAGACAUUAUAGGGACUUUUUCUAUUAGUGUUCCUCAAAAUUAGAUAUACCGGCCCCCAGGCACAUUUUUUUUCUCUAAAUUUGGCCCCCCCGAGUCAAAAUAAUUGCCCAGGCCUGCCUCAAGAUAUGCAACAAAAUCGUGAGGAUUUUCCAACUCUGUAUAAAUUUGUUGAUACUAUGCAGUCUUUUCGACAACACCCGGAUCAUAAAAAGACAAAAAAAAACUACAUCUGAAACGGCCAAAAAUUAACGCAUGUUUUAGAAAUAACCAUAAGUCUUGAACUACACAAAGUACUUCAACGGUUAGAACUUUUGGUGUACGUAUUUCGCUGUUUGUUGCAUUUUUGUUACGUUUCGAUUGAUUGUAAAAUAUGUCGAUCGAGAUAGGGUUUUACGCUCAUAUGUUGUCAAUAUUCAGUGUUUUAUCGUUCGUAGAUAAUAUUCAUUUUCAUGUACAUUCUGGGUGUCUCAUUCAGUCCGAAAAAUUAAAAAAAUUCAAUUUUGUUGUCAAGGCGCGGACUGUGGUGUGGGUUUUUUUCCCGAGGUGCAAAGCGACUGGAUCGGACCCGACGUGAAGCUAACGACGUAUUUUCAUCUUAACUCAAAAAAGGAACAAACGAAAGGCGCUCAAAAACUUGGCUACGUAACAAAAAUAUUACCACAACAUAAACUAUGGACAUUAAACAAAACUGACAAACAAUGGCAUGAAUUACAAAACAUAUUAGGAACGAGAACAGAGCAUGGAUCAUCAGCAUGGAGCAAGGGGGUGUGGAGGAUGACGUCGCCAUGCUGACUGCCUGGCAACUACAGGCUUAAAUAGGUGCAGUGAUUAACAGGUCUGUGAGUCCAAAUGAACCAGGUGCGUGACGUGACAGGUGAAAACUAAUUGGUUGUCAUGGUGACAAAAACGAACAAGAGUGCACAAUGACAGGAACUAAUGGAGUCAAAAAUAAAA